AUGAACUGCAGCCUGCCAGCCAGGGUGCUGCUGCUCAGCCAUGCGAUGGAUGGACAGCAGGACAGGUUGUGCCUGCAGUCUCUCUGGGACUCCAUCACAGCCAAAGAGCCACUGAUCAACUCACCAUUUUUUCCAGUGCUGUUUUCUUUUACAGCAUACAUAGCUUUCUGUCUUCCAUAUAUUGUGCUGGACUUUUUAAGCACUAGACUACCAAACUUGAGAAAAUACAAAAUCCAGCCGCAGACCUUUCCAACUCUUGGAAUGAUGGUGCCUUGCAUUAUUCAAAGCGUCUAUCACCAUGUUGUUUUGAUCUUCCCGGUGACCUUUCUCCACUGGUACUGGAGACCAAUGAAUCUACCAGUGAUAGCUCCAGAGCUGCCUGAGGUCCUGCUGGAAGUAGGAGUUUGCCUGCUUCUGUUUGAUUUUGAGUAUUUCCUGUGGCAUUUGCUUCAUCACAAGGUGCCCUGGCUCUACAAGACCUUCCACAAGGUGCAUCACAAACACGUGUCAACGUUUGCUCUUACUACACAGUAUUCCAGUGUAUGGGAAUUACUCUCACUGGGAUUUUUUGCUGCUAUUAACCCAGUGCUCCUCGGAUGCCAUCCUUUGACAGAAAUGGUUUUCUUCCUUGUAAACAUUUGGUUGUCAGUGGAGGACCAUUCAGGAUAUGACCUUCCAUGGUCAACUCACCGACUUGUGCCUUUUGGUUUGUACGGAGGAGCACCGCAUCAUGAUCUCCAUCAUCUGAAAUUUAAAUCAAACUACGCUCCUUACUUCACCCACUGGGACAAACUCUUCGGGACAUUCACAGAGUCACAUUCUAAUUAAGGAUAUUUACCUGUGGAUGAACUCUUAUUUUUUUAUAGACUGAACUGGGACUUUCGUAUUUCAAAAACAUACAGAAGAUUGUAUAUUUGAAGCUAUCUAUAAAACCAGUAGCUAUUUAUAAGAGAUCCUCUUAAUAUAUGUGGUUUUGUAUGUAUACUUGGAACUGUUUAUGUUAAAUGACUGCAAAGGGGAG